AGAGAGGAUCUUUGAGUGAAGAUCAGGAUGAACACAAUACCCAAGAAAUACGCCUGUAAGCUGACUCUGGAUCAGAACACGGCGCACCGCAGGCUCCAGCUCUCCGACAGCAACACCCGGGCCGUGCACCAGGACGAUGACCUGCCGUAUCCGGAUCACCCGGACCGGUUCUGUCACUGGGAGCAGGUUCUGAGCGUGGAGAGGCUGACUGGGCGGUGUUACUGGGAGGUGGAGUGGACGGGGAGGGUGGAGGUGGCGGUGUGCUACGCCGGGAUCCGGCGGCGAGACGGCAGCGACUGUCUGUUCGGAUUAAACGAUCAGUCCUGGAGACUCUACGGCUCGCGGGACGGGUACAACGCCUGCCACAACAACCACAUCACCCCCGUACAGACCCCCCUCACCUGUUCCGGCAGACUCGCCGUUUACCUGGACUGGGAGGCGGGACAACUCACCUUCUACAGCAUCUCUCCCAGAACCCACGCCCUCAUCCCCCUGCACACCUACAGCACCACCUUCACCCAGCCGCUGCUCGCCGGCUUCAGAGUGUACGAGUACUCCGCCCUGCAGAUCUGUGAGAUUAUAUAAUCCCUUUAUAUAAUCCCUUUAUAUAUACGCCGGCUUCAGAGUGUACCAGUACUCCACCCUGCAGAUCUGUGAGAUUAUAUAAUCUCUUUAUAUAUACCCCGGCUUCAGAGUGUACGAGUACUCCGCCCUGCAGAUCUGUGAGAUUAUAUAAUCCCUUUAUAUAUAUACCCCGGAGUCAGGGUGUACGAGUACUCCGCACUGCAGAUAUGUGAGAUUAUAUAAUCCCUUUAUAUACCUUGGAGUCGGGGUUACCAUCGUAAAACCACCAUUAAACCAUUCCUAGUAUAGCUGAUCCUCCCAGUACAACCAAGACACUACAAAACCCUUCCCAGUACAGCUGAUCCAGCUUCUAGUGCAGCCCAAAUUCCGUUUUGUUUUUUUAACUCUUUUUAUUGUUCAUUACAGAAUAUCACAUGUUAUAACGUCUUGCACAUUAAUGUUCACUAAAUAAAAUAAUGAAAAUAAAGAGGUGUUAAAACUGGA